AUGCUGCGGAGACUCAAGACCUCAUCGGACGCCUCGCAAGCGUCUCUGCCCGACGCCAAUGAACAGCAAAACGGGAGCGGGAGUCCCAUGUCGUCGCUGCAGAAGUACCGGUCCCAGACGAUGAAAGAUUAUGGUCUUAUGAUUGAGUACAAGCAUUUGCGUCAGCAUGUCCCGAGCGGUAUCUAUGUACUACCGAGUUUUGACCAAUCGCGCGUGUGGUAUGGAGUCAUCUUCAUCCACGCUGGGCUCUACCGCAAUGCCAUUUUCAAGUUUACUAUUUUCUUGCCUGAAAACUACAACGGACCUGGCACGUAUCCUCGCAUUGUGUUCAACACCGCGAUCUUCCAUCCGUAUGUCGAAGAAGAGACGAAAGAGCUGGAUUUGAGUCCCAAGUUCCCAGAAUGGGACCCUGAGCUGCACUACAUGGUGGCAGUACUCACGUAUCUCAAAGGGAUCUUUUACAUGAAAGACUUCCCGGAAACCGAAAUAGUUGCGAACAGCGUGGCACUGGAGAUGUUUCGUCACGAUCCGGAAAACUACCUGAACAAAGUGGAAGAGUGUGUGGACGAGUCGCUCACGAACGUGUACAACAACGAAAUGGGCUCGACAAUCCACUUUACCAAGCACAAUCCGGCUCAUGACAAGCUGCGACAGGAGCUCUUUGCACAAUUGGACGCAGCAGCACCAGAUGCCGCACCACGGACGCUCGAGGAAAAGCUGAGCGCUCAACCUUCAACUCGCUCGCUGUCCAUCGUCACGGCAGCUGCAGCGGAAGGAGUUGCAGGCCAAACGGCUACAGGGCUCGCAGAUGAGCCAAUGUCCGACACGUUUGAGCAGUAA